CCGGCCCCGAGCCCCGCGCCCUCGUCACUGUCGCCUCCCGAGCCCGGCGCGCACCGAGCGGCCCCGGCCGGCCCUGCCCUGCCCUGCCCUGCCCACGGCGGCGCGAUGAAUGACUUUGGAGUGAAGAACAUGGACCAAGUGGCCCCUGUGGCAAACAGUUUCCGAGGGACACUCAAGCGACAGCCUGCCUUUGACACCUUUGAUGGGUCUCUGUUUGCUGUUUUCCCCUGUCUCAAUGAAGAGCAGACACUCCAAGAAGUGCCCACGGGCUUGGACUCCAUUUCUCAUGACUCUGCCAGCUGUGAGCUGCCCCUGCUCACGCCGUGCAGCAAAGCUGUGAUGAGCCAGGCCUUGAAGGCCACGUUCAGUGGCUUCCAGAAGGAGCAGCGGCGUCUUGGCAUCCCCAAGAACCCCUGGCUCUGGAGUGAGCAGCAGGUGUGCCAGUGGCUGCUCUGGGCCACCAACGAGUUCAGCCUGGUGAACGUGAACCUGCAGAGGUUUGGCAUGAACGGUCAGGUGCUGUGCAACCUUGGCAAGGAGCGUUUUCUGGAGCUGGCACCUGACUUUGUAGGUGACAUUCUCUGGGAACAUCUGGAGCAGAUGCUCAAAGAAAACCAGGAAAAGACAGAGGACCAAUAUGAAGAAAAUCCCCACCUCAACUCCGUUCCCCACUGGAUUAACAGCAACACGUUAGGCUUUGGCGCGGAGCAGGCUCCGUAUGCAAUGCAGGCGCAGAGUUACCCCAAAGGCGGCCUCCUGGACAGCGUGUGCCCGGCCUCCGCGGCGCCCAGCACGCUCAGCUCCGAGCAGGACUUCCAGAUGUUCCCCAAGUCCAGGCUCAACACCGUCAGCUUCUGCUCCGUCGCCCAGGACUUCCCCGGCGGCAGCUUGAAUUUGCUCCCCAGCAACUCAGGGAAGCCCAAAGACCGCGACUCCCCGGACAAUGGCGGGGACAGCUUUGAGAGCUCGGACUCGCUGCUGCGCUCCUGGAACAGCCAGUCCUCCCUGCUGGAUGUGCAGCGGGUGCCAUCCUUCGAGAGCUUCGAAGACGACUGCAGCCAGUCCCUGGGCCUCAGCAAGCCCACCACCAUGUCCUUCAAGGACUACAUCCAGGAGAGGAGUGACCCGGUGGAGCAGGGCAAACCAGUUAUUCCUGCGGCCGUGCUGGCUGGCUUCACCGGAAGCGGUCCUAUUCAGUUGUGGCAGUUCCUCCUAGAGCUGCUGUCUGACAAGUCCUGCCAGUCGUUCAUCAGCUGGACAGGGGACGGAUGGGAAUUCAAGCUUGCAGACCCCGAUGAGGUGGCCCGCCGGUGGGGGAAGAGGAAAAAUAAACCCAAGAUGAACUACGAGAAGCUGAGCCGGGGUCUGAGGUAUUACUACGACAAGAACAUCAUCCACAAGACCUCGGGGAAGCGCUACGUGUACCGCUUCGUGUGCGACCUGCAGAACCUGCUGGGGUUCACGCCGGAGGAACUGCAUGCCAUCCUGGGGGUCCAGCCGGACACAGAGGACUGAGGCAGGCCUCUGGGACCGCCCCGAGCCAGCCCAGGGCCUGGGGACCGAGUGGGAAGCCCGUCCUGACCAGCUGCUCCAAGGACUCCGGGAGGACGGGAUUGAACCGUCCGGGGAUGUCACCGGCAAUCAGUGGCCUUCUUUCAUCCCAAACAGCGCCUCUUCAACAAGGUUGUCCCUUGUGGCAGAAGGUGGCCCGGCUUCUUGACCGUCCAGUCUACAGAGGAUGGGCAAAUGCCACCAUUCGGUGACCACCACCGAGACGUAGGCGCUGGGAAGCUGCCCUGGCCCGAGCUGGCCAUGCGGGUGGUUGGUUCUGGCUACUUGAACUUGGCCAAGGAACGAGCCUGGAGACGCACAGCAUUUUUUGAAAAAAAGAAAAAAAAAAAAAAGUUUUUUUGGCCUUUUACAACCAGGAGUAGCAAAUGUGAAAGAAGGGUGGGAGACGCAAUCAUGCCAUUUCAGAAGUCAGUGUGUAUAUAUUAUUGUAAGCUUAUAAUUGUUCUCAGAGUCCUCUACCACUUCUAUUUAACAGAAAUUGUAUAUUGUAAUUUAAAAUAAUUAUAUAACUGCAUUUGAACCAAGGAUGCGCUAUCCAGUAUGUUACUCCAUUCUUCUGUGACACAAGAUUUAAUCUGCCCGCGCUGACUAAGAGAGAGUCAGGGGCGUGUUGUGUCCCCUUACUGUCCCUAUAGCUGUUAGGUCUGAGGGGUAAAUCCCUGGUUUCUGUUGUUGUUUUGCCUUGGCUGUUAUCUGGCAAGGAUUUUGUACAUUGAGGGGGGGUUUUAUAAGAAAAUUAUUAAUCUGGGGGCUUGCCAGCCUCCGUGCAGUUUUUUCCUUGUAAUGUCAGAAGUAUAAAGCCCUAUUUUAUAUUGCUUUACGUUUCCAGUUGCAUGCAUGCCUUAAUUCAGUUUCUACACAAAUGCAUCUUAUUUUUUGCUGGAACUCUUCCUGGCAGUUCACCCCUCCCUAAGCAACAUUCCCUUCUGUGCCCUGAGGUGGUCUGUGCAUUAAAACAAGAACACUAUUUUUGGAAAUAGGCGACUCCUUUUUGGAGAUCCGGGGGGAUUUAUGUAGCAGCUAUUUUUACUGCAAAAGUAAUUCACUGGAAAAAAAUGUAAUUUGUACGAAAGUCUUAUUUUUAUCUUGGCUCCGUGUAAGUUAAACAUUAGAGGAGCUGGAGGGGUGGGGGUGGGAGGGGGCUUGAGUAAACCUCAGCUGACCUUGCAGGAGGCAUGACUCUGAGCUCGAGGGCUCCCCUGUCAUGUCCUGGACCAUCAGGAUAGCAUGCUUUCCUUCUGCUCACUGUUCUCAGCAGUUUUUAAUGUGUUUUUUUUUCUUGGACAUGAACACCUAGAGGCAGCGAGGUUGUCCAGGACAGGAAAGAGCACAUGGGAGUAAGUAGCAAAUGUCCUGAUGCUGCAGCACAUUCGGCCUGGCAUCUGGCUGGAGCUUCCAAGGCCACCGUGGAGCUCUGGUCUCUAGAAACCAUCUGGUCACAUUGGCUUCAAAGUCAGACAGGCUUUGCUGUUUGCUAGUAGGAUGGUCAUGGACCAGUGGGUGACAUCCGUGAAUAACCGUCAUGUGAAGAGAGCACAGCACGGACAUGGGACAAGCUGGAGCCACAGAGCCAGGCCUGGGACAGCUUGGCCUUCGUGCCGGGGAGAGACCACAGUGCAGCUAAGCCUAGGAUAUUUUCCUCAAGGGGACCUGUUUAUCACUGGGACAUCUGGUUCAGAUAUAAACAGACAUGUGACUGGGAACAUCUUGGGGCGAAAGACAUCCCGGCCAUCGGCAAGCUUUGUAUGAGGUGGAGCCACACGAAGUUGCCAGUUUUAGACUGGAUUUUGUUGUCGAGUGGUUGAACCCAGCAGUUACAGGAACUAAGGUCUAAGAAGCCUUUGGCGUGGUACUGAUGACUAAGUACACAAGUUUGUUAUUCGGCCUUUUCUUUCUCAAAUAAUAAAGUGUCUGGUUUAUGCAAACACCUCCUGUGAUAGUCCUUGGUCUUUGUCUCCACCCCACAUGGAGGACGUGGGUGAGGUUUUGAGCUGCACACCCAUUCCCUGUCCAUGGCUUUGUGUCACCAGGAGUUAACCUGGAAACCACAGCCAGGCUGGAGGCCACUCAGCUGUUCCAAAGGAGUUCCCAGAAAGUACGCCUUAUGUGGAAACCCCUAUAGAAAGAACCCCAAUGAACGGGCUCGGGAGCCUUGUCCUCGGAAGGAGACAGGGAAGAGAUUAGGGCACUGGGGUGAAGCCCUUUUUAACUGGAGGCCACAGCUCUCCACGUCCCCUCACUGGAACUCUGACAUGGGUGGGUGACAGCCACAGACGGGAUGGUCCAGGCCUCGUGUUCUUGUUCUCAGGACUCCUUGGCAAUCUCUGAAAUCCAUGAGGACAACGAAAGCUGAGUCAGUA